AUGCUCCGCCAAAUCAACCAAGCCCAAGAGUCGCUUGCUUCCCUUUGCUGGUUCGAGUUGUGCCUGUGCCUGUCCUUGUUCGCACCAUGCGAGCUCCUCCUGCCAUCGAGUAUCCGUACCGCACCGCCGCAUCUCAUCGCCAUCCCGUCCCGUCGUCGAUACCUGACCCUUUCUGUCUUUUGCUCGCCUUGUCUUGCCUCACCGUCUGCCGCAACCCGACACCUUUCGACCUCGUCUCCUCGCCAAACCCACACACCAAGUCGAGGGCUUCCUGUUGUCGUCAAGCCUAAGCCCGGCUCCUGCAACUCGGCCACUCGUCGCCUGUUGAUACUACACACUGCCGGUACGUUCGUCUGGCCCAUUCCCAUUGCUCAGCUCGAGCAUCGUCAUCUUUCCGGCCCCUUGCUCGAUACGGAGCCUCCCGUCCCGCACCCUCGAAUCUCCACGCUGGAUUCCUCAACACUGUCCGCGGGGUCACCGGCCCAGUUCCACGACGCAGUCGACACCAUGGACCACGAUCACUUGGCUGCGCAGCCUCACCCCGACGACACCAUCGGUGCCUUCGAUGCCUCUCCCCAGGUGGCCCAGAACAACGGCUACGACCACCCAGAGCCCCAGCGACACCAGACAAGUCAGUCCCUCGAUCAUGGCCUCCCACAAUCCCCGCGACCCGAAGAGCAGCACUCGGAUCGGUACAACACACCACCACUUCCCGUGAACGCCCCGUCCAUCUCAAGGCCUGCUUCUGGACUCUCCGGCGCCGGCGCGCAACAAGGCUACGCCGACCAUGCGUCGCGCAGCAGCGCCGGUGCGGAAGCCGCCGCCAGCAACGGUCGCAACCACGUCGUCAUCAAGGUCGGCAUGGUGGGCGAUGCGCAAAUCGGCAAGACCAGUCUUAUGGUCAAGUACGUGGAAGGAAGCUGGGACGAGGACUACAUCCAGACGCUAGGCGUCAACUUUAUGGAGAAGACCAUUUCCAUCCGGAAUACGGAAAUCACCUUUUCCAUUUGGGAUUUGGGCGGCCAGCGCGAGUUCGUCAACAUGCUUCCGCUGGUCUGCAACGACGCCGUCGCCAUUCUCUUCAUGUUUGAUCUGACACGGAAGAGCACCCUCAACAGCAUCAAGGAGUGGUACAGGCAAGGCAGGGGCUUCAACAAGACGGCCAUCCCCAUCUUGGUGGGCACCAAGUAUGACCACUUUGUCAACUUUCCGCGAGAGGACCAAGAAGAGAUCUCGAACCAGGCUCGCCGGUUCGCCAAGGCAAUGCGCGCUGCGUUGAUCUUCUCUAGCACGAGCCAUAGUAUCAACGUGCAAAAGAUCUUCAAGAUUGUGCUGUCCAAGGCCUUCGACCUCAAGUGCACCAUUCCCGAAAUCGAAAACGUCGGAGAGCCGCUGCUCCUGUAUCAGUCCUGCUGA